GCCGUCCCUGCUCAUGCAUCUCUGAGACUGGAUCAUACCUCGCACAAUCUCCAAGAGUCACUGAGCGGUCCGAAGAUGGUUACAGCAAAGCAAACAGCACACCUUGUUCCACCGCUGUUCAAACAAGGUGCCGCAGACGAUUUUAGACAGUCAGGGAGGACAUUAUCGUUCACCCUUUCCCCGAGGGACCUACAGAUAUCUGUGUUUGCAUCCCCAAAUGUUCUCCGUUCUCAAGGCAUUGUGUCACCCGGCAGCCAGCAAAUAUUUUUAGCGAGUCUGCAACAGGCACCUCUAUCUGAACGAAGAGUCUUCGUCACAGAUAUGUCAGUCAUUUUCGCUGCAGUCCAAAACCUGCUCAAGGCCUCCCGUGCGAGGGAUACUCAAUUGCUGCAGAGCGAGGACGUCAUGCAAGCCCUUAACAAGCUGGCCAAUGACUACGUGAACUUCUGCAAGGAGUGUUGCAUGUAUGCCUCGCGCGAUAUCUCUCGUCCGGAACCCCUUCAAUUUGAUGCCGAACACUACCGCAAGCUGUACACCUGCUUCUCCCUCUUCUCCGUCUUAUAUCUCCCGGAGCCUGGUUUUGAAGACGUGCCUAUCGGAGACGAGCUAAUGGAGUGGCUGAAUACACAUUUCAUCGAACCCUCCACGCAAGAGGGUGACGACCUCAGUAGCCAGGAGCGUCCGUGGGAGGACCCCGGCUUCUGGUCAUACCUCACGAGGACGUCGUUGCGAGGCUUGUCGAAGGCAUCCGCCUUUUUCUUGGAUGUGCUCGGCAAACACCCAUCGACAUACCUGCAGGGCCUCGCCCAGCAACUCUCCCCGCUCCUGACCAACCAUCCCCGCCUUCACCACUUCGAUGCCGAACGUGACUUCGCUGUCGCCUCGCGUCGAUGGAAAGAUAAGGUGAAAACUCUGCGUAUAGAGUUGGACCGCGUCCCUGACAGUGAAAGGGAGGACGAUUUCGAGAACUGGUGGGACCGGUUCAGCGAUAUCGUUGGCAUUCUUGAGGGUCGCAGUGAAGUGAUCAAGAAGGUGUGCACAGAGCUUGGCGCUGACUGGAAGGAGGUGUGCGCGGCUUGGGGUAUCUUCGUCGACACUCGACUACGGAGACAGGACCUUCCCGAUAUCGUGGCUCAGAUUUUGGAUGAAAUGCCUCCAGAUCCGACGGACAGGGAAGACACGAUUCACUCCUUACUCUUCCUCGGCAGACCCACGCAGGCAUUGUCGGAGGCUGCACAGUUGGACGUUUGGCUCGCGGCGCACCUUGCAGAUCUCAUGGAACCCAUCGAGCUCAUUGACGCCGAUCCCGACGACUCUGAACUUACCCUCCGCCAACAUUAUAUCCUUGCCUACGCCGAAUCCCUUCGUGCAGACCCAGCUUUAUGGCGCAUCACUGUUGACUAUAUGUACUCAUGCGGCGAGAUUGGGAGGGAAAUGGGAGACCAGGUUCUCAUGCGGGUCCCUCUUCGCUUGGAGCUGCCGGAAGACGCUGCCGCCGCCGGGGAGGAGGCGACCCGCAUCCGAAGCGGGCAGCUUGUGGGCGUCUUGAAGGACGUCAACGAAGCAUGCUUUGAGUAUCAGAGAGAGGAGAUUCGUCGCUCAGUGUGCAAGAUUGCGGCUCAGACGUUCAUCCGAGAAAAAGAGUACGGCCUCGCCAUCUCCUACAUCACAUCGGCCGAGGAUUGGCCUGGACUAGGGCGCAUUGUGGACUUGGUACUAGAGGAAUACAUUGCACAAGGUGCCGCAAAAUUUGCUCACCUUGUUGCCAACAUCGCCCCCUCCCUCCACAACUUCGGCGCGGAUUCUGUGGCCCGACUUCACGCCCCUGCCGUCUUCCAACACCGGCUGAUGUUUGCUGUGCGAUUCGCCGAGUUCCACCAAAGGCGAGGGAACGGCGACUGGCCCGGCGCUGCGGCCGAUGUGGUGUCGAUGUUCCGCGAAGAAACGGCGCCGAAAUCGUGGUGGGCAGUUCUGCUGUGCGACGCCGUUGAACUUCUCCAGUACAACGACCGUAUGCUCUUCGCGUCGAAUGACGCAUGCCUCCUUAUCCAAAAGCUGGAAGAGAUCCAGAUCCGCGUUGGACAGGGAUGUGGGGACGACUACCUUUCGGUACUUUCGAGGAUCGCGCAUGGUGGCGAAAAGCAUGCCCUUCAGAGGCUGCAGACCGUCAGGUUGGCGCUUGCACGGUACUACGCCCGGUGUGGGGCGAUCGGAGUGGGAGGCAGGCCCAGUGGUUGGAACUACUGAACGUGCGUAUCGCAUUGCUAAGUAGGCCUGACGUGUCGUUCCUCGUACUACUCUCCCGGCGCCUCGUUCGCCUGACUGCUUGGUAACUAUGACCGGCCGCUAAUGCCAACAGGCCGUCGAUGCCUUGUACCAGACUCUUUGCCAUUCAGAAACGGUGGGACAAUGACCAUCUAUAGCGUCGGUCGGCAACGAUCGGUGAUAGUGCGGAAU